ACAAGGACGUCACAGAUCUCCAAGCGUUCGGGUCAGGUCAGGGGUGACAGACACUACAGUCAUGGAGAUCGCAACUAUAUUGCAGCUGGAAGGCAAUAUAGUGAUAACAGAGACUGUUUGAGUCGGCUGCGUCACGAGAUUUAACGCAGCGCCAAAGUCCAGUGCAGGGGACGCUAAGAUACCACGUUAGCUGAGUCGAAUCGGACGUGUUGUUAAUCAAGACAGGCAUUAUCGUAUCAAUCCCCCUGGUGCUGACCCUCCAACCCCUGCGCAUGACAUGUGCUGCUGGCAGGAUGUAUGUAUGUAUGUAUGUCCGUAGCCAUACAAACCUUACAUUCUUACCCCGGUCCGGGAGUACAGAUUCAGCCGCAAAUCUUCCGGGAUUAAACCACAAAGAAGCCCUUUCCUUUCCCUUUUCUUUCUGUAUUUUUCUUCUCCUCUUUCUUUUUUAUCUGACGGUAAUAGUUUCCGGGAGAAAAUCAAUGCGGUUAUCUCCCAGACAUACCAGGAGGACAGACAUGCGGGGUCAAGGGGAUCAGAAUCCGAGGUGUGGUCGAAUUCGAUGCCACGACUGGGUUAGGGACAAUUCGGGGACGCCACUCACCCGCAGCAGAAGAUUCGACUGCAGCCGCCUGUGCGACAGCACGACCCUGAGGGGUUGUCUUCGGUCCUUUGGAUGUUUCUCUGGCCCGUCUAUUCGAACAGAGAACUCGAAUAAUGGUAAUCGAGAAGGUAGUCGCAGAGACGGCCGGAGAUGGCAGCGACUGACGGUUGUAACUUGUGAGCCCGACUAACUGAAAGCGCUGUGUCCUGUCGGAGCGAUCCGACCGCCCUAGAACUCGACACCUGCGUCACUAGGAAACAGAACGCAACGAGAGAAAGGAAGUGCGAGAAGCCACUCUGACCCCUGUAUUACUGAUAGCGAUUUAAUGACGAUAAGUUAGUGGUUGGUGAUAGAAGUAGUAGUAGUAGUAGUAAUAAUAACCCGCCGUUCGGACAGGUCGCGAGACCAA